CGUGAGCCAGUCAGUCAAGAAGGAAGGUCACAUGAUGUAGUUUUGUGUAUUAUCACUUUCACAAUCGAUGUACAUUCUCACCCACAGCUGAACGUAUCAACACGAGUCGUACAGAUGUCCAAAAACGACAGCAGUCAGGUUUGGAGUUGCCUGAAUCAGACAGAUAACAGUGUGACAAAUAAAGCAUCAGUAGGGGAGACGUCACAGAAGCCCUCACAGAAUGACUCCAGAAACAAUAGCGCCACACAACAGCCCACAUGUAGUAAAUCUGGAGCCGGCGGAGCCACAAACCAACCACAACCUACUGAAGCUGGCGACAGAGGAGCCACAAACCAGCCUUCACAUAAUCAAUCUAUGGGUGAAGGGUCAGUUUGUAACUCUUCAUUAAAUACUCCCACUUCAGGGGUCCGAUCAGAAGACGCAUACCCCUUUUGUAAACUCAUGAAACUGCAGGCGUGUGACAUGGGCCGGCUGUCCUGUAUCAGAGACCAUACAGCUCUGAUAGACACAGAUUAUCUACUUAAGGGUUGUAUUGCUCCUCACACUGGGAAAGACUUUUGGGAUGGUUUUCAUGUGAAGUUACCGCAUUUGUAUCCACAACCCGCUGGCCACCAGACAUCCCAUCAGACUCAUCAUGCCAUGCACUCUCGCUGGAACGUCACCCGUGAAGCGCUGAAACAGCUCACCAGAGGCCAUUUCUCUAUCGGAGAUGUUCAGACUGCAAUAAUGUCUUACAAUUCUGACUACAAACACAAAUGGACCUUUGAAGUGCUUCAUCAGUAUGCACAGAGACUGGAAAAACAAGACAAUUAUCUAGAAACGGUGAUCCCUAAAAUGGCUAAACUGGCUCUGGAGUUACCUGAUCUCAUUAAAAAGGGCGUCCCUCUUCUGAGAUGUCAACAUAUCAAGGCGGUCACAUUGUCUCAGCAGCAGAUAGCUUGUCUGUUAGCCAACGCUUUCUUCUGCACCUUCCCUCACAGAAACAACACUAAACCCGGAUCAGAAUACAUAACGUUCCCAACUAUUAAUUUCAGCAGUCUGUUUGGUAACAGUCCGAAAGACGAAACGAAAGUAGCCCAAAAGGCACAGAAACUAAGAGCCAUAUUGCAAUACUUCCACACUGUGACAACUGAUGAUCCACAUCAGCCAACAGAGGCCAAACCUGACGGAGUGGUUACUUUUGAAAGGAUUUCCAUACCUAAUGAUCAGCUACCCAAAUGGAAGAAUGAGAAAAAGCUCUUGAGAAACCUUCACGUCUCUUCAAAAGGGUCCAUCGAGGAAGAGGGUUCUGGUUUACUGCAGGUGGACUUUGCCUGUAAAUAUAUUGGUGGUGGAGUGUUGGGGACAGGACUGGUUCAGGAGGAGAUUCUCUUCCUCAUGAGUCCUGAACUCAUCGUGUCCAGACUCUUCACAGAGAAACUGGACCAUAAUGAAUGCCUCAGAAUCACAGGGGCUCAGAUUUACAGCAGUUAUUCUGGUUAUAGCAGAAGCUUUGAGUGGGCCGGUCCACACCAAGACAAGACUAAGCGUGACAAGUGGAGAAGACGUUUUCGUCAGAUUGUCGCCAUUGACGCCCUGGAAUUUAAAAACCCGAAGGAUCAGUGGACCAAAGACAACAUCACUCGUGAGCUCAACAAGGCAUAUGUGGGAUUCCGAAGAGAUCCUGACACCCCUCCAGAACAUCUUCCAGCCAUCGCAACAGGCAACUGGGGUUGUGGUGCCUUCGGUGGCGACCCUAAACUCAAAGCUCUUAUCCAGCUGAUGGCCGCUGCAGUGGCUGAGAGAGACAUGGCUUACUUCACUUUUGGAAAUGAAGGUUUGGCAGAGGAACUGCAAAACGCGCAUUAUCAUCUGAAGACAAACAAAGUGACAGUAGAUAAACUGUAUAAGGCGCUGAUGGACUAUUGUGGACAACGUGAACGACCUGACCUCUACUUCUUUAUCUUUAAGAAGAUUGGGCUACAGAUCAGCCAACUGUAAACCUGCUACUUAACAUUGGAAAUUCAUUAUACUCGGCAAAUGAAGAAAUAAUCAACAGUUCAGCCGUAUUUAAUGUAGAAAGCUACCGGAGAGAUCCAAUGUAUUAUAAACACAAAUAAUGAAAUUUUUGUAAAAACAUUUGCUGUAAAAAAAUCUGGGGUCAGUGGUGGAGUAGAUGCAAGAACCUUAAUCUAUACAGAGUUACAAUACAGAAAGGACUGUAUACAAAUCACAUAUACUCUUGAUGGAAAUGCUACAUCGUAUUAACGAAGAGAGAAUCUGAAACAUUGAUGCUUUAUUGAAUUAAAUAUCAUAAUAAUAAUAGCUUGGAAUAAAUGUCUUAGGAAAAUAAAUAUCUUGAAUUCUGGAGAGAUUCCUGCAGCUCAAUCUGUUUGUUGUUUAUCUAAAUUAUAAUACAAUAAAAUGAUUGUUUCAGUU